AGAGUCUUAACCUAACAAUAUACCUAGGUUAGAAUAGGUGUUUAGGGUAACAAAUUGUGAAUUAUUUCACUAUUUUUAUGUUAUGAGAGUACUGAAAGAAUAUAUAAAUCAAAUAAUACUAUGGAAACUCCGAUAUUGACCAAAAAACAACAAAAAUUGAGUCUUUCGGCAAAGAAACGUAAACCAAAAGAAACAAUAAAAAAUGUAUUGGCUUCAUCAUUCAACAACUUUUUCUGGCCAAAAGUACCAUCAGAACAUCAUGGAACACUUGUAGAAAUCUUGAAGAACAAUCUUCCUAGGAUGAAAGAGAAUCGAAUUAACACACCUUGGCGAGAAUUAAAGAAAGUUCCCAAAGCUGACCGUAAAAAAUUCAGGGAAGAUUACAUCAAGAAUGUAACUGGACAAGUAGUAACCAAAAUAGAGAGUGGAGGUAUGUGUUUGGGAGUCAACAAUGUUACAAAACUCUUGGAAACGAAUAAUGCCGACACUGUCUUAAUAGCAGGUGAUGUCCACCCCAUAUUAAUGGUGCAACAUUUGAUUGACUUGGCAAUUUUAUACAGGGUUCCUGUACUUAUCCUUGACGACUUGAGAGACUUAUUGAAAACUCAUACAGGUAUCAGUAGUCUUGCCUUAGGAGUUCGCAAAGAUAUUCGUUCAGAACCAGGAUUGAAUUUGAUAAAGAAAACUGUCAAUGAAAUUUUUGCCAACUUCCCUCUUCCAAAAAACCACAUCAAUUUUAAUAGAUCCUUGAAAAAUGAAUCGAAUGAUGAUGCUGAUGUUGGCAGUGAAAAUCAAGUUGUUGAAUCUUGUGUCAAAGUAGAUGAAAAUCAAAUAAAACAAACCGUCUACUUGAAGCGUGUGAGUAAACAAAAAAGGGCAUUCAUUCCACAACUAACUGAUGAGAAGAAAACAGCCAAAAUGGAAGUGGAUGAAACAGGUUUUCUUGCAUUUUCUGACGAACCUGUCAAACCCAAAGUUGUCGAACCUAAAUAUAAAUCACUGGUUAUCAAGAGGCUGAAAGGUGAUCCCAAUCGAAAUAAACGGAAAAUUGAAAAUCUGAAAAGGAAACGUGGUAUGGAAAGUAAAUGAAUUAGUUAUUGAAUAAUUUAUGUGUUGCCCCCAAAUGUACGAAUAUAUAAAAUAAUACUGUGCGAUUUAGGCACGAAUUCUGAUGCUGAUGCAACUCAUGACAUUAGCAAUUAGAAAUGGUUUUUCCCUUGAAAAUAAUCUGCAUAGUUUUCCAGCUUAGAACAGUGUUUUGGAUCCGCUUCUGAUCUCAUUUCACCAGCUAAAUGUUCAUAAUAAUUAUUUCCUUUAGAGAUCAACUCAAAGUUACAAUUGAUUUUAUAUUAGAUGUUGAGUAUAUGGAAGUUAUGAUAAACUGCAAAAUGUUGAAAAAUGUUUUUUAGUUUAUCACUGUUGAAUUAUAAGUUGAAAAAUAA